AUGGACGAGGAGGACCCCGCCCUCCAGUUCUUUCCCGACGGCAAUGUCGACCUCUACGCCACCCUCGGCGUAGAAAAGUCGGCCACAGGCGACGAGAUCAAAAAGGCAUACAAGAAGCUCGCGCUCAAGUUCCACCCGGACAAGGUUCUCUCGUCUGCCACGCCGGCGGCCGCCAACGGAAGCAGCAGCAGCAGCAGCGCCAACGCUGCGCCGUCGGCCGAGGAGACCAUCCUCAAGUUCCAGAGGAUCGGCUUCGCCUACGCCGUCCUCUCAGACGACGUCAGGAGGAAAAAGUACGACAACACCGGCAGCACCCGCGAGCUCGGCAUCGGCGAGGGCGUCGACGAUUUCGACUGGAACGACUACUUCAAAACGCUCUGGACCGGCGAGGUCUCCAAGCAAACGCUCGAGGACUUUAAGCAAAAGUACCAGAACUCGGACGAGGAGCGCGACGACAUUGCCGCGGCGUACGACGACUCGGACGGCUCGCUCGAGGCCAUCUUUGCCGCCGUGCCGUGCAGCGAGUUCCUGGUCGACGAGCAGCGCAUCAUCGACAUUAUCGAGCGCCUGAUUGACGAGGGCCAGCUGGAGCGCAAGCCGGCGUGGACAAAGACGAGCAAGGACAAGGCGGGGCGCGCCAGGCUGCGCAAAAAGGCCCAGGGCGAGGCCAAAGAGGCGGAAAAGCUGGCGCGGGAGCUCGGCGUCUGGGACGACCUGUUUGGCGACGGCGCAAACAAGGCCAAGGCGGCGGCGGCGGCGGCCAAGAAGCGAGCCGCAAAGGGCGGCGACGACGACAAGCAAAAGGACCAGGAGGAAGACGAGGACGAGUCGGACGAGGGACCGAGGAAGCGGAGCAGCCGCACCAAGGCAGACGCCAAGGGCAAGGCGGCCAACGGCACCAAGGCGAAAGCGGGCUCGAAACGCGGCGGCGGCGGCGGCGGCGCGGACGACGACAGCGACCUGGCGGGGCUGCAGGCACUCAUGCGGAGAAAGGCUCAGAACCGGGCGUCGGCGUUUGACGACAUGAUUGCCAAGCUCGAGGCCAAGAGCGGCGGCAAGGAGAGUCGGCCCUCGGACGAAGAGUUUGAGCGGAUCCAGAAGGAGAUGAUGGAGCGCAGAAACAGCGGCGGUGGCGGCGGCGGUGCAGCCGAGCCCAAGAAGAAGAGGUCGGCCGCCGGCUCGUCGUCGUCGUCGUCAAAGGCCAAGAAGACGAGACGCUGA